GGUGCAGCCAGAAGGAAAGUGGUAAAGUGGCUCCCAUGUGGCUUUCCCUUUGUGCAGCCUAGGAAAUGGUGCUUUGCUGUAACCUGGAUUGCAGAGCCUGCUCAUGCUGACUCAUGAAACCUGCAGCUCUCAGUAUUCCACAUCCUAGACUCAGGCUUAGCUACAGUAGCUAUUGCUCUAACUAUGGGCUGCAGGCCAGGGAGAGAGACAUCAUCCUGCCCACUUUUGGUCUUCAGUGGGUAGAUUAGCUGCUUAGAUCUCUGCAUAGGGGUAACAGCCCUUCAGCCACAGAUGGGGGCCUCCUCCCUAGCCUUCUCUUUUUUCUCCCCCUCCUCUCUGGGGGACUGUACAGCUUUAAGGAAACGUCUGGCAGAUGCAGACGCAGAACAUCUGGGCAGCGUUAGCUGAGUCUCGAAUGAUGCAGGAACAAACCACGCACUUUGGGAAAGUUAAAGCACAAGUUUCCUGAACAGGCUGAGAGAAGGCAAGGAGAGGGAGCAGCGCUGAGACAGGUACCAGUCUACACUGCUGCCUGCUGGGCUCUCCAGGCUGCAGCCUGCCUGCUAACGUCAGAGUGCACUACCAGGCAAGGUGCUGGCUCCCGUGGCCCGGGCCCACCCUGCAUGCUAGAAUGGCACAAGGAGAAGCACCACUCCUGCUGCUUUUCCUCACCAGGCUGGUGUCAUCAACAUGGUAUGAAGGUUCUGGCUACGACAAUACUGAGAGGUACAACAAUGAAGUGUACGUGGAAGAGGCUCCCCAAGCUCCUGCCCUGGAUUAUCGAGUUCCCCAGUGGUGCUAUUCAUUAAACCUCCACCACGGAGAGGCAACCUGCUACUCCCCCAGGGGAGGGAAUUACCGCAGCAGCCUGGGGACACGCUGCGAACUCUCAUGCGAUCGAGGUUUCCGGCUAAUAGGGCGGAGGUCAGUGCAGUGCUUGCCGAGCAGGCGCUGGUCUGGCACCGCCUACUGCAGACAGGUCCGGUGUCAUGUACUGCCGGCAGUGAUGAGUGGCUCCUACCAGUGUUCAGCCGGGGCGCUGCUUGACUCUCACUGUGAUUACUCUUGCCUCCCCGGGUACCACCUGGAGGGUGACCGCAGCCGGAUGUGCAUGGAGAACGAGCGGUGGAGCGGCAGCGAGCCAAUCUGUGUAGAUAUUGAGCCCCCCAAGAUCCGAUGCCCAGAGACACGAGAGAGGAUGGCAGAGCCAGAGAAGCUGACAGCUACUGUGUACUGGGACCCACCCCACGUGAAGGACUCUGCUGAUGGCAUCAUCAAGCGAGUGACACUGCGGGGCCCAGAACCUGGGUCUGAGUUUCCAGAGGGGGAGCAUGUUAUCCGUUAUAUCGCCUAUGACCAGGCCUACAACCGAGCCAGCUGCAAAUUCAUCGUCCGAGUCCAAGUGAGACGCUGCCCUGUUCUGAAGCCGCCACAGCAUGGCUACCUCAGCUGCACCUCUGAGGGCAAUAACUACGGUGCCACAUGCGAGUAUUUAUGUGACGGGGGCUAUGAACGCCAAGGGAGCCCCUCCCGCGUCUGCCAGUCCAGCCGCCACUGGUCAGGAUCCCAGCCCGUUUGUGCGCCCAUGCAGAUCAACGUGGACGUGAACUCGGCUGCUGGCCUCCUGGAUCAGUUCUAUGAGAAACGCCGGCUCCUGAUAGUCUCGGCUCCUGACCCCUCCACUCGCUACUACAAGAUGCAGAUCGCCAUGCUGCAGCAAGCCACCUGUGGGCUGGACCUGCGGCACGUCACCAUCCUCGAGCUGGUGGGGCAGCCCCCCCACGAGGUGGGCCGCAUCCGUGAACACCAGCUCCGGGCUGACAUCAUCGAGGAGCUCAGACAAUUCCUGCAUGUCACUCGCUCCACUUUUAAUAUGGUGCUGAUCGACAAGCAGGGCGUGGACCGCGAGCGCUACAUCGAGCCUGUCACCCCCGAGGAGCUCUUCACCUUCAUUGACACCUACUUGCUGAGCAGCCAGGAGGUCACCCAGCGAGCACAAAGCAAGGACAUGUGUGAAUGAGUGACUCUGCAUGGGUGGGGGCUGAUCCCUGCAGUCCAGGUGCCAGUGCUCCCACCCCUUCACAUUCAGAACCCCACAACCUCAGGACAGAGAAUUUCCUUUCCGCAUCAUCUUGGGUCAGCUGUGAGGGAGGAAAUGGUGUCAAAGGUCACAGACUUUUCAGUGGAGGUGGGAGCUAGCUGGGCCAAGCCAAUGUUACAGCAGCCUUUUACUACACCAGGCCAGCAGUGAGGUUAGGAGAAAAGAGGAGUUUAGGGACAUUCUCUCUUCCCCUCCCCCCACCCCAAAUCAGCCUCUGCCCUGGCCCAAACCAUCACUAUCAGACCAGCAGGGGGAGGCUGCCAGUCAGGAAGGAGGGGUCCAAGCUCAGGUUGGAAUAGCAGGGGCUGCUGCAUCUCAGGAGCAGAACAUCAAUGGGUAAACUUAGGUCAC